CUGAGGAGUUCGCAACUUGAGAUUGAAUACUGUUAAUCAGGAGCUGACAUAUUUUCAGUACCGCCUUACUAAUUAUCGUUUUCCUUGUUGUAAUAAUAAUAUUUUCAUCUGCGAUCUAUCUGAUUCGCGAUGUCGGGGGCAAGGCAUUGGGAGCAGGACAAAGAGGCGACGGUAUACGUUGGAAAUCUAGACGAGCGCGUGACAGACAGCCUAGUAUGGGAGCUAAUGCUUCAAGCCGGCCGCAUUGUUAACGUCCAUCUCCCGAAAGACCGAGUUACCCAAACACAUCAAGGGUAUGGUUUCGUCGAGUUUAUCAGCGAAGAAGACGCUGAAUAUGCGUCGCGCAUUAUGAAUCAGGUGCGCCUUUAUGGUAAACCGAUUCGAGUCAAUAAGGCGUCUGCGGACAAACUGAAGGCCAUUGAAGUCGGCGCGGAGCUUUUCGUCGGGAAUUUGGACCCGAUGGUUACAGAGCAGGUUUUAUACGAUACUUUUAGCAGAUUUGGGCCUUUAAUAUCAAUGCCAAAGGUCGCUCGGGAUGAUGCAAAUCUCUCAAAGGGCUACGGAUUCGUUUCGUUCGCUAAUUUCGAGGCGUCCGACGAUGCUAUUGCUAAUAUGAACGGACAAUAUCUUAUGAACAAGGAGAUAUCUGUUCAGUAUGCUUACAAGAAAGAUGGAAAGGGAGAGCGACACGGAGACCAAGCAGAGAGAAUGCUCGCCGCCCAAGCCCGCAAGCACAAUGUCCAGCCACAAACUCAAGUUUUACCACCCCACGUACCAGGCGGGCAUGCACCGCCGAUGGCUCCUACACCAGCUGUGAAUGGAGAUAUAAGCCGCCCCGUCAGCACAGGCCCGCCAGAUUUUGGAGCUGGGAGAGGCGUUCCUGUGCCCAAUGCGCCAUAUGGGAAUAUGCCGCCUCAACCACCUCACCGGCCCGCCCCUCCACCACAACCCCUUACGGCACCAUUAGGCACGCCGCCUGCUGGGCUACCCGCUCGGCCUCCACCGUCUCAAGCCGGCUAUGGCGGGCCAUCUCCAGGUUUUGCUCCACCUCGGGGGUUUGGCCAGCCUGCUCCGCCUCCUGGGUUUGGCGCUCCUCCAGUUGGUACACAUGGUCCUCCGCCGGGACAAUUACCACCGGGAUUCCAGCAACCAGGGUAUGGAAGGGGUCGAUGAGAGGCUCAGCGAUGAUUCACAGCAUAAGUGUAAACAUUUUAAGGUCAUAUCGAACGUCUAAUGGGGAGCGAUAUCUGCCGCCUGCCGCCGAACCUUCAGCGCCUCAUUUCGCGGUUGAAUUUGCGAUUAAAUCGAGCAUACGGAGUAUGCAGCCAUGAGACAAGUCUGUUUUGCCACGUUGGAAGCGAAGCGUAUUGCGCGAGAUGAAUGAAUCCACGGUAUCUCCAUUAGCAAGUAGGUUCAAAUACGCUGCAACAUGUGAUGUAGACUAAUAUAAUUAAAGGAGAUCGCGAGGGGAAAUUGGAUGAUAUAACAAAACAUUUCGGGCGACUGGAUUUGAGAACUAGCGCGGUCUCGGCGCAAAACGCUGCAAAGAGAUUGUGACAAUAGGAAAUAUACGAGGGAUGCAUAUCUCAUUAGUGUGAGGAGAUAUAGAGGCGCUCUCGAAUCGCAAACCAAGGAUGAAUCAAAGUGCAAAAGCAGCGCUUCACCAUUUCCUCUUCAGAUGCUAUAACCCGACCCAGGCCAAACCAUGUAGUGCACGCCGCCUUCCUCUCUCCCAAUCCGUUAAAUUGAUAUUUCAAAUAGCGAGAGACAUCGUAGAUCCCUCAUCACGAAAAUGAAACAAACUUGGGAUCUCUAGGCAUGCCAUCUGGUCCAAUAUUAUUUUUCGCGAACCGUCGCUCCAUAUAGAUCUUUCGAGCCUCGUUGAAAUCUACCCGUCUACUUUUCAUAAUUUUCAGAACUUCUCGUUUACCGCGCUCGUCUAGGCCGCCACGGUCAUCGCCUGCUUCUAUGUUUGACGCAAGGCUAAAAUCGGCGGAGGAAAGUCCUAAUUCGGCAUCGCCAUGGAACGUCGUUGGAAGGCGUUGGUAGAAAUAGUCUGGGACGGGCAGAAGAGGAAGCCACCGGUUACGAGUAAAAUAGAGAACUACUGUCA